AUGUCGGCUUCGACAUCAACAUCUCGAAGCCGAAGUCCGCAGACGGCAUCUAGUGCGCGCACCUCAUCUUCUUCCGAUCAUACAGCUGUAACGAUACACAGUUGUAGUUGUCCCUGCGAGAAAUGUUGCAACAAUUCUUCCAGUACGAGCGAACCCGCCGUGACGCGCUUCGAUGCUCCCUUGAUAGCUAUCCCGCGACUCUUCAACGCCAUCCUGGGCCUUGCCACCGUCAUCCGUGUCCACACAACCAUCGACGCCGGAUGGUGGCCUUGGGAACACAAGGUCUUGUUCUCCCUGUGCUGGCUCUCCUUAUUCUGGAAUCUGGCACACGGCUUGUGUAGUAUACUUGGUUACGCCUACUGGCCUUCGCCGCGCCGCACCGUCGGCUUGCCACCCGUCACCCUCGCGGUGAAUGGUCGGACUAUCGUCUCGUUCGGCGGUCCCGACGAGGAUGACGGCGCGAGACGGAGGCGCACCAAGCGUAUCCAGUUCACCAUCAUUGAUAUGCUCCUUGCCGUUCCCAUCUUGGGUUUCCUCAUCUACUCGGCGCACAUCAUGUACCCAUGGUGGGGUUCUAGAUACGUCGGCCUGUGGCCGCCCACCAUAGGCCUCAUUGCUUCUCUCGUGUCUUUCCAAUUUCUCACAGCCUUCUUCCAGCUAUUUCAAUUUUUCGAGGCUAAGGUCAUCGGCGUACAGCUUACGAUGCGAGAUAUAUACGAGAAGGAUGACCCCGUCGGUCGUUUACAAUUAUAG